UCAGUAAAAUUUAAAACAAAUAAACAUGAGAAUUAGAGAAAGACUGCCGGCUGAUACAUUUAAACCAAAUUAUAAUUCAAAAACAAUCAGCUUCACUAAUUCUCAGUGGUUACAGCAAUUACUGUCAAUAGCGGUACGUUUGAACAACGCCACAACUAGUCAUGAAUAUUCAUCAUUAUCCACACCAAAUGGCACUACCACUAGUAGUAUAGAUAAUAAUAAUAAUGAUAAUAAUACCAAAAUUAAUUUGAAUGCAUCCGCCACGACAACAACGACGUCAAGUAUUGGAACAACUGGUUGUAUAAUCUUACAGCUGUAUGACAAGAAUCCUGAUUUUCUUUACAAUCAAGAAGAAUAUCAGGAUAUCGACUAUUCUGUAUUAAAAAUGCAGAUUAUUAUAUGGACACAGAAAUAUCUAAAACCGGAUGAUUUAUUCAUGGAUUGGUUUGAAACAGUCAAUCGACACAUCCAUCAUAAUAGUAAUACGUAUCAUCAAAGUAAUUAUGACAAUAAUAACAAUAACAAUAUAAAUAAUGAACACAAUGAAUUAUCUGUUACAAAUAUUACAUUCUGUACAGAGAAUUUAAGAAGUUUAAUGAUUGAAGGUGAUAAGCAAAUGUUAGAAAAGUAUAAUGGAUAUACUUUAAAUGGGGAUAUAUAUGGAAUGAAAAAUGAGACAAAAAUAGAAAACUAUGGUGUUAGUGAAGUACAAAUUCUGAUUGUGAUUACACUUUCCUGUGUACUGAUUGUUUGCUUCUUCAUGGCCGUUAUUCUACGUAUUCGAAGUUUCUGUAGACGUCAGUCAGAAUCAAGAAAACAAACACGUAAUGAUCGUGAUUCUGCAUUACAAGUGAAUUUUGCUUAUGAUGUGAAUGAAACACAGAUAGCUGAGAAAUCACCGAUACCAAGUACAACAUUUGGCAGUAAUGCAUAUCCACGACCAAUGAACAGAAAGGCUGGUGUAUGCAGAUAUAAUCGUAUACCGCCAGUAUAUAAUAAUUCAAAUCAAAAGUUUUGUAAAAAAUUAAACAGUCAUAUGUAUAGAACACCAACUGUCUUCAUGAUUGAAAAUCAAGCUGGUGACAGGCAUAAUAAUAAGCUUCAUGAAGAUUAUUCAACGUUGAAUCAACUGAAAGAGAUUAAACGUCGACAUCUCCUCUAUUCACGACAACCUGAAAAUGUCAUCUAUCAACUCCCGCCAAUAGUAUCAACGUGUAGAAACUCGAAUAAAUUACUGAAAACUAAUAAUAACAACAAUAACAACAACAAUCAUUGUGAAAAAAGUAAAAAUAUCCAUUCAAACAAGUCAAUUCAUAGAACAAAUAGUUUUUAA